AUGGAAAGCAGCGAGAACAGGCCUGUAGACGCGCAUUUGGUGGUGCGGUACGCGGUGGCGGAGGACAAUGGUGAGACGGGCGCAGGGUCCGCGGAGGGCGCGGCGUGGGAGCAUGGAUCGCGACGGGGAUCGGUCCAGGGCACGUCGAUCUGUGUGGUGGAGCCUUGGCGCGGACCCGGGCAGGGCUCGACGCCGGAGGCCGCGCCGACGCGGCGGCUGUCGGCGUCGAUGCGGGUGAGCGAUCUGUACCAGUGUGUGCACUCGAGAGAGACCUCGAUGAGCGGGCCCGGGGCACUGUGGGGCGCGGGUGGCGAGGAGGUGAGUCCGGGCACGAGCCCGGGCACGAGCCCGAGAACGUCGGUCGCGCAGCAGGGAGCGGGCGGUGUGGAGACGCGGGUGCCGACUGCGGCGGCGGCGCCGCCGCCGUCGCGAAACUCGAGCCUCUUGUCAUCGUCCUCGCAGCAAUCGCCGCGAUCGCGCACUGGAAGCCAAGAUUCUGAGGCGCUGGGCGCCUGCCCGGGACACGAGUGUGCGUCCCACGACGCGCACGGCGACUGCUGGAUCGACGCCAGCACGCCUUGCGAUAGACAUCACCAUCGGCGGAAAUCAACCGCGAUCAAGUUUCGCAAGGCUCUCUACGAGGAUCCUGGAACCUAG